AUCAUAUCUUCUUAACUCACGAUAAACUCAAUGGUCCAAUUCUAAUACGAUGGAGCUACUUGAUCUCCCAGUAGAAAUCUUGGUGCUGCUCCCUAACCAUCUGCACAACAUCGAAGACUUUAAGAAUGCAUCCUCAAGUUGCCGAACAUUGCGAAAUGCAUUUUGGGAAACAGAUCCCCAUCAGAUCCUUCAGUUGGCUGGUGCAGCAUCACGAACCUUCUUUCGUCCAGAUCCAUAUUUUCUCAUUGCAGCGACGGUCCGUCAAGUUAGAGAUUGGGCCCUCGAGAGCCAGGACAAUAGUGAUGUGCUUCGACAAGCCUUCAUGUGUGGCAUUGAAGGACUCUACGACCUAUGCAUUGCUAAAGCCAGCCUCACAAUGGAUGAUAUACGACGACUUCACGCAAUGCGUUUCACGACUCUAAAUCCAGUUGCAGACUUGAUCGACAAGGCUGCAGAUCAGAUAGCACUUGAGCAUGCUCUGGCUUCCCGAAGAUGGCGAGAGGCCUGGGAGCGAGUUCGUUAUCAGGUUGGGGAAGACUUCGAGGAGGAGUGGCGGCAAAGUUUGUGGCAUUCUACUGUCGAGUGCCAAGGGCUUGAAGGAUUAGAAAUGCUCACACCUGCAGGACUGGAGAAAUGGCGUCCGAAGCUGGUUGAGAUGAGGACGCAAAUCAAAAAUUUGAAAGAGAAGCCUGAGAUGUACAGGUUCGGCCGGCAUUUUGCGUUCGAAUAUCCUCACUUGGCAAAGGAGGUAUUGGUGUCAAUCGGGGGAUAUGGAUCGAAUAGAUGAAUAAUCGACAAUCCUGUUUCCACUUCUGCUAUCCCCAAAUUAUGUAUACGUACGUUCUGUUCGCGAUCAUGACACUUUGCUG